AUGUCCGGGGUUCCGUUCACGGUCAAGGCGGUGUUUGAAUACACAUCCGAGCACGAGGAUGAUCUUAAUUUUUCAGUCGACCAGAUCAUCAAGGUAACCGCGGAGGAGGAUGAUGACUGGUAUUUCGGGGAAUACGUGGAUGGGUCGGGUUCCAAGAAGGAAGGCAUUUUCCCCCGGAAUUUUGUGGAAAGAUAUGAACCUCCCGCACCGCCUCGACCUACAAGGCCGUCGAGGCCCAGAAAAGAACCAGAACUUCCCGUUGCUGCUACCGCUCCUCCCACGGAAUCCACUCUCGCUACUGCCCCUGCACCAACAUCCCCUAGGAUCCAAAAUGAACGAGCUGAACCAGAAUUUGAAGAAGCACAAAUUCCAAAGGCAGCAGCGGAAUCUCCGCUACCUCCAGGGCCACAACCGGUGACAGCUGCCCAAGCCACUUCUAUUACGCCGGUUGCUCCACGUUCGCCAGAGCCCGCUGAGGUUCCACAACCAGUGCAAAAGUCAGCGUCGAAGGGUCCGCCUCCCACAGUAGCGGAAAAACCUACGGGUUCCUCAUUUAGAGACCGUAUCGCCGCAUUUAAUAAGCCUGCAGCUGCUCCUAUUACCCCAUUCGACCCGAAUAAGCCACCUUCAUCCGCCUCUUUUAUCAAGAAGCCGUUCAUUGCUCCUCCUCCGAGCAGAAACGCUUAUGUGCCACCGCCUAUGGAGCAGCCACAGAAGAUAUAUAGAAGAGAAGAAGACCCGGAUAUUGUGGAGCGUAACAGCCAUGAUAAGCCCCCAUCGGAGCGGCCCAUUAUAUCUGCAGAUACACCUGAUGGGACAGAAGACCAGCCAAAGCCUACAAGUCUAAAAGAGAGGAUUGCACUGCUACAAAAGCAACAACUUGAGCAGGCGGCACGCCAUGCAGAAGCUGCUCAGAAAAAGGAGAAGCCCAAGAAACCUCCAAAAAAGCGAGUGGAGUCUCAGGAAAGGACGGAACAAGCUGGCUUUGUCCAUGGAGCGGAGUUAGAAAGGACUGAAACUUCGGAAACGGCCAAGGAUUCCCAUGUUACGUCUUCCACCCAUGAGGCACCCCAAUCACCGGACAGAACGCGCUCUCCUACGCAACCCUCCAGGGAGCUCACCAGUGAUACUAACGAUGCGGAUAAUUCUGGUGCUGGAGAUACCGAAGAGGCCGAUGAAGCGUCUACGGGAAGAGAGGACAUGGACGAAAAACAUCGAGAAUCGAGUAAGAAGCAUACGUCACAUUCCAAACAGGCUCCAGACGGUGAGGGGGAGGGGGAGGGUGAGGAUGAAGGGGUGGAUGAAGAGGAGGAUGAAAUAGACCCGGAGAUUCGACGGCGUAUGGAGAUUCGAGAACGUAUGGCUAAAAUGAGUGGAGGUAUGGGCAUGAUGGGAAUGUUUGGCCCUCCUGGAGGACUGCCGCCAGCUGGCGGAUUUCGAAAGCCGAAAACAACCGCGGCAGAUUCCGAGAAGAAGGCUUCUGAAGACCAACAUCAUCCUUCUUCAAUGCAUGCUCCUCCCGUGCCUCUGAUGGGUUUGCCGGGAAUGCAUUCCAAGAAGACCGCCGAGCCAAGUUCAGAAGUACGAGAGGAGGAAGAACAGGAGGUCCAGUCAACUCCCCUUCGGAGAUCUACGGAGCCACCUGUUGAAGACGUCCCCAAACACCUUGCUGAAGUCCCUCCAGCCUCCUUAGAGAGGGUGGCAUCUCUUCCACUUCAAGACCGGCCCACGCCCGGACAACCUUCAAAUACUACAAGGCCUAUUCCACCGCCAAUUCCGAUGGAGCCUCCUUCCCCGGUUCCAACAGAUGUGCAAUCAAGACCUAUUGCUUCGCCUAGUCUCGGUAGCGAAUCUGAUGACGAACUCUCUGCCCCUCAAGGCGCCGGACAUAUGGCUUCAGAUGCCUUUGACCCUUCAGACAGAAAUGGUAUCCCAGAGUCCCCCCGACCAUCGUUCAGUCUUGAGCCAUCCGGAGGUUUAAAAUCAUCAACUCUGCGUUCUGAAAAACGUGUCAGCCGUGGCCCACCGCCAAUACCCCUUACCAAUCCGCCUUUGCCUUCCCCCGGUCACACUCGCCCUCCGCCGCCUCCGCCGCCCAUGCCAGGCCGCAAGUCUACUGUUGACAGCAGAAUGAGUGUCUCCACUCCAACUGCCAAAUCAGGAGGCAUUGACAGCGAGGAGGAAGUUACUGAGUAUGAUGGAGAUUAUGACACGGACAUUGCGUCUGGAGCCAAACACAAAGAUGCGCUGAAGGCUCAUGGGCGCGAUUCAAGCUUCGAUGAAGAUAUCGCAACCGAUGAUUUCUCUGCUCGGUCUCCUAGGAGCCCGCAGGAGAUGCGGCCUCCUCCGCUUCCACCCACUAGCGCUCCUCGUGCAGUUCCUCCUCCACCGCCAACUCAGCCACCGAAACAUGCGCGAAGAUCAACAGACAUGCCUAGAGGCCCUCCUCCACCAAUGCCUCCCAUUAAGGAUCAAACUGGAAAUGAGGCGGAUGAUGGGGAGGACUACGACCCAUUCCGAUAUAGUGCUCGCCCACCCGUACGUCCUAGUGGACCCCCUGGCUUGCCUCCUACUGCCCCGCGAGUCGAUUUAAACCUCCCAAUGCAGAAUCCGCCCGCUGAGGACGACGAUGACGAUUUAUAUUCAGCCUCUCUCUCUCGGCCACCACCACCACCACAACAACAGCCACUCGCUACUGAGAGGGCUGCUCCUGGGCCUCCCCCAUCGUGGAACCCACCCCGACAGUCCAUGGAUGCACUCAGAUCCCCACCUAGCGCUCGCAGAUCAAUGGACCUUCCCCGGCCCUCUGCAGACCAAGGAUAUAUCGCAAAUGACGUAGACUUGGGUGCCAGCUCGCUCUGGUGGACACAACCUCACGUACCGCCGCCUGUCUUCCAAAAACGGCGCGACUUACUUUUCGAAAUGGAACAGUCGUCUCCGACCAACCGUGGCGGCGACACUACUGUCUCCAAAUCAGUGUACAUACUUUUCAUGGAUUACUCACAGACUAUCGUAACCGUACAAUUCAACUCCAAAAACCCUGUCGACGCCAUCCUCGAGCAACGCCAUGAACCCCCUCCCCAGCGCCUACGCCAAGAUCAGCUCGAAAGCGCCCACGAGCAAUUCGGAACCCGCAUCUCCGAGGCAGUCACCGCGAAGCAAAACAGCAUAGUUGGCGACGGCACACCGCACGGCCUCAUAUUGUCUCUCCUAAACCCUCUCUCCGACGCGCUACCGCCGAUCGGCACCCGCGCCUACGGCUCCCUCGUCUACGCCAAUCUCGCCAACGCCUCUGUGCAGCAGGUCGAUGAGAUCCGCGCGGGCGACAUUGUCUCGUUCCGCAACGCGCGGUUCCAGGGCCAUCGCGGGACGAUGCAUCAGAAGUACAGUGCUGACGUGGGAAAACCGGACCAUGUGGGUAUUGUUGUUGAUUGGGAUGGUACGAAGAAGAAGAUUCGGGCGUGGGAGCAGGGGAGGGAGAGUAAGAAGGUUAAAAUUGAAAGUUUUAAGCUGGGCGAUUUGAAGAGUGGGGAGUGUCGAGUUUGGAGGGUUAUGCCACGGAGUUGGGUGGGGUGGGAUGGUUUGCACUGA